UUUCCCCUAAUGCUACCAGUCCUCCAAUCUCCUCCACAUCCAUUUCAUCCGCUUCCUCGCCAAUCUUCCGGCGGUUCCCUCUUAAAGGGACCUUGCUCUAACACCCACUCACAAACCCUCUCCCCUUUCACCAUCCACUCUGAAGGCAACCUUCCACCCGCUCCCGUAUACUUGUACCGUGAAAGAGCGUGCGCAAUAAAUAGCUUAAUACAACUAUUAAGCCAAUGACAUUUUCAGAACUACGUGCGCAUGCCUGGAUUGUGCCAAAGCAUUUAUGACGUAACGAGCCGAAGGGCGGGGUAGCGGCAGCCUGGUUGCUAUGCAACGGUGACCAUAGCGGUUCUUGUAAUCUCACGCACCAAACAAAAUCCAGGUAAGAGUUUGGAAGCAAAAGAGUUGCAAAGAACAAAUCAACAAGCCUUAGAAAAGAGGGACAGGGGAUCCGCACUAUCUCCCUUCUGCAACAAAAUGUUUCUCAUUGGCCCUUGGACACUGCCUAAUGGCAUACCCUUUAUUUUAAAAUAAAUGUUAAGUGCAGGGCCGGGGAGAGAUUAAGUGAUUUUUAAGAGACAUAUUUAUCCGCUUCGUCUAUUUAAAACCAUUUUUCUCUGCACAAUUUUAGAAACUUUGUUUUGUUAUAUUAGACCCGCUUAACUUGCUGCUUGUGAAAUGUUGAAGUUACAGACAAUUCUUCCUGCUUGAUCAUCAGUGUUGUGGCAGUUGCAUAUUCCAACACCAAUAGAAGCUAGCCCUAUAAAAAGAGUUUGUUUAGAAGAUGGAAACAGAUGUAGAAUACCUGAAGAGGUGCAUAGGAAGAUGCUUAGCUGAGGGACUUGCUGAGAUGGCUGACUGUCAACCAGCAGACCCAAUUGCUUUCCUGGCAUACUGGAUUUACGGCUACAAGAAGAGAUUAAAUGAAGAAGAAGAGAGGAAGAGAGAGAGGGCCCAGCUGAAACAGGAACAGGAAGAAGCUGUCAUGAAACUGGAGAGGAUAGAAAAACUAAGAGAAGAAGGGCACUUGGUUGCCCAGAAAUUUGCAGAACAGCAGAAGAUCUUUUCAGAGCAACAUCCAGAAAAUUCUGUAGCAGAACUAACUGAUACGUAUGGAGCACCAAAGUUUUCUUUUGAAGAAAAAGAUGUAAAAAGCUUAACAGGGAUUAAAGAGAAAGAAGUUAUUGUUCCAGAAGAAAAUGAAAUUACUGAGUCAAAGGAAAAGGCAUUAGAAAAUGCACUGGAUCAAGAUGACUUAAAUUUUAAAAAGAGUGAAUUGAAUGAGAUGCCUGUUGAGCUGCAUACUACCAUAACUUUCAAGAACAUCCUGACUGAGACAAUUGUGGAUGAAGAUGUGAAUCAGAUUCCCAAAGAGAUUAUGGGUGGCACAGGGGGAAACCAGCCAGAACGUAACAAAGGAACUGAGGAUGAAUAUGAUACACAAACCGAAGGCAACACUUCAGAUGAGGAAUACAAAUCUGGUCAAGAUCUGAAUUCAGACUAAUAGCAUGAUCCUACCCAUGUUUACUCAGAAGUAAGUCCCAGAGUUCAACAGAGUUUUGCCCAAGACAGUAUACAUAAGAUUUCAACCUAAAACUAUUACUAACUAACUAACUAACUAAAUGCUUAUGAGUUGGGUUAGAUUUUUCCUUUCUCAAACUUGCAGUGUUCUGGUGUAAAUAAUGCAUUUAUUUUCUCCUGAUGGGGGAUGGUACCCAGAGCUUCCAGUACUGUUGCACUGAAUACACUGUCCGAAGCUAAUACCUGCAUUGGUAAAACAUUGCUAUUCUUCUUGUCCUGUUCCUGAACACUUGCAUUUCUAUACUCCCUCUGUUUCAAGGAAUUCCAUUUUAUUUUAUUUUAAAGCUUCUUUAAAUGUAAAAGCUGGGCCAAUGAACUCCUCACUAGCUACAUGUAAAUUUUGUCUUUUUAAAUUGAUCAGUGAGUUCAUACAAAUAGAUGGAAAUGGAUUAGU